AUAUGUGUGUAAUAAAGUGUUUUAAUGGAGGACUGAGGUGGAGUUUAUGAGUAGGAGGAGUGACGGAGCGGAUCAGAGCUGAGCUGUGAGUCCCGGACUGUGUGCUGUCAUUCUGCUGCUCGGUGUAUCUUCACCUCCUCACGGCUGAUCUGCUCACCAUGAUCUGCACAGCGUCCUGAUCCCUGACGGAGACGUUUCACUUCGGAACCGAGCGGACAAACACAGCGGGCUCGUCGCGGCGGCGGUGCACUACUACACAAACACACAGGUCUGCAGAUGGGUCAGGGCUUGUGGAGGGUGGCGAGGAACCAGCAGCUGCAGCAGGAGUACAGCGAGCAGUGUUAUCUCCAGCGCACCGAGCACCAGCGCAGGAUGGCACAGCUGUUGAGCGAAACCCCCUCGCAGGUGCGGCGCACGCCUCAGUGCCACGCCGACAUCGGGCACCUGCUGCGCGCUCGCAGGGGCAAAGAAGAACGGGGCUUCCUGGACUUGGACAUGCUGCCUCCCGAGCUCAGCAUCACCAUCCUGUCCUAUCUGAACGCCACCGACUUGUGCCUGGCAUCCUGUGUGUGGCAGGAUUUGGGCAACGAUGAGUAUCUGUGGCAGGGACUGUGUAAGUCCACUUGGGGUCACUGUUCCAUCUACAACAGGAUCCUUCCCCAUGGUUUUUCCUACAGAAGACUCUACAUGCAGCUGGACGAAGGAAGCCUGACGUUCAACGCGAACCCUCAGGAGGGUAUCACAUACCUCAUGUCCAAAGGGAUUCUCAUGGACCACCCAAAGGAAAUCGCCAAGUUUAUAUUCUACACUAGAAUGCUAAAUUGGAAGAUGCUGCGCGUUUACCUCGACGAACGCCGAGACGUUCUGGACGAGCUGGUCAAGCUACACAACUUCAGUGACCAGUUCCUCCCCAAUGCGUUGAGGGAUUUCUUCAGACACAUCCACGCACCCGAGGAGCGCGGAGAGUACCUGGAAACGCUCAUCACCAAGUUCUCGCACCGUUUCUGUGCCUGUAACCCCAUGCUGGUGAGGGACGUGGGUCUCACCCCUGACGCCGUGUACGUGCUGUGCUACUCGCUCAUCCUGCUCUCCAUCGACCUGAGCAGCCCGCACGUCAAGAACAAGAUGUCCAAGCGCGAGUUCAUCCGCAACACGCGCCGCGCCGCGCAGAACAUCAGCGAGGACUUCGUGGGUCACCUGUACGAUAAUAUCUAUCUGAUCGGCCAUGUGGCUGCCUAGCAAACACUCACACACACACACAGGCACAGGCUAAUAAAACAGUCAGCCAUGGCACUGAUACAGGCUGCGGUUCAUUCUGAAGCAUGACGAUACCCUAACCCUUACGAAAAGUGACCCUCUUGCUUUAAAGGGGGUCAAAAAAUCCAAAUUUUAAUGGUAAUUGCAUUCAUUAGUAAACCGGAGUGGAUCAUUCUGGUCCGCAUACCCGAUUUGGCACCGUUUUUUACACAGGAUGCCCGUCCUGACGUAAACCCUCAUUAUUUUAUCCAGACUUGGGACCUGCACUCCCACUGGCUGAGCUGUCUGGCAAUCAGGUCAGUCUAGACACCCAGCCGGCUGAUAACACCAGUGAGAUUCGAACCCUGGAUCUUUGGGAUAACAGGCUAGUGUAUUUUACCGCUGUGCCACCCAAGCACCCUAAAUUCUGCCAUUUGUAUUUAGAGACAUCUAGGUUCGAGUUGCCAGUGCUAUCAGCCGGACGUCAACACGGGCAUGAUCGUUUAUGUAAUGGUCAAAGCCCUGCAAUGAAUUUGCCGCCCUGUGCCCAAUUUCUCAGUGGAACCGGACCCACAGCAACCCUGACGAAAGAGGAGGAUUAUAGAAUCCGGAAUCCUGCUUCAAACUCCUCAUCAUAGAUGCGAUCGCUUCAGAACGAACCGCAGCCGAAUAUUCCGCUAAAUGAAGGUCAGAUGGAGUGGACUUAGUUAGCCUAGCGCCGAGCUAUAAAGGCGUACGUUAAAACACGCAGACAGCGACGUUACGUGGGUCGCUCUCGGCAGCCCGAGGCGGAGUAGCAGCACUCGGAGCUUCAAACGCAGAGCAAUGUAGCCGCCCAAGCUAAACGCAGCCGCGUCGUUACGAGUUACGACUCCAGUACAGUACACGCGUCCAGUUUUAUCUCCGAGCUCGAAAUCUCGCUGGAGUCUGGUCAGGAUUAUUACGUUCUAGGGUAGGAGAUUGUUUUCCCAGUCAGCGUCUGCUCUCAGUGUAGCGUUAGCAGAACCCAGAUCUUUCCAGAUGGAAACGUAGGUGCUUGGUUCAACUUUCCUGUCGUAAAAAAAACAAAGACACCGAGCCUAGUUUUAUUCAGGGUCUACAGUGGGUCUUAAUAACACAUUCAUAAGCCUGAACGGUGCUGUAACAGUACAGGAGUGGGUUGAAACGUGAUGAAAUGGUUCUAUAGACGAUUUCUGCAGAACUAAAGUGAGGGAAAAUUAGCCUCUCAUACUAAUGAUGAGUAGAAAUCAUAGAGAGCUUGAAUUAAACUACACGUCCAUGUAUUUACGCAGCCUGUGUGACUAUGAUGCCCAUAAAACAAACAUCUUUUAUCUUUAUUUGGUCAGUGACCCUUUUUUAAGGUCUAUAAAUUGUAGAAACUCACUCUCACCCCAUCAGGCAUUCCGAGAAUGCUAGCUAAUCCCUUUACUUAUCAAAAUAUUCAUCCAUGCAUUGUCUGUUUUAUCCUGGUCAGGGUCACAGUGGAGCUGUUUAAUUGGGCGAAAUUUAGGAAACACCCCAGGCAGUUUGACAGUCCAUCACAGGGCAAACACACACACACUUGGGGCAGAUUUAAGUAGCUCCGAUCGUCCUGACUGCACGUCUUUGGACUUGUGGGAGGAAACCGGAGCACCCGAAGGAAACCCACACAGACCCGGAGGACCCUGGCUGCCCGGCCAAGGAAGCAAACCCCUUUUGUUGUUCUAUGUUUAUUGCAUUCAUAAAGUGCCAAAGUGGAUUUUAAGUAACUCCAGUCGUCCUGACUGCACGUCUUUGGACUUGUGGGAGGAAACCGGAGCACCCGGAGGAAACCCACACAGACCCGGAGGACCCUGGCUGCCCGGCCAUGGAAAAAUAAAAAAUCAAACCCAGGCCCUUCUUGCUGUGAGGCGACGGCUCCACCCGUUGCGCCACCAUGCCACCCUUAUCAAAGUGAGAAUUCCAACAACAUGAGUAAAUUAAAUAGAUAUACAGACAGACAGACAGAAAGAAAGAUAGACAGAUCAUAUUUCUGCACUGGGCGCUCGGGUAGCGCAGCAGUAAAUGAUGAGGGUUCGAAUCCACAGCAGUGCUAUCGGCCUGUCAGUCGACUACACACAGACAUGAUCGGCUAUUUCUGGGAUGGAAGGGCUGGGCGGGUGAUCGAGGCGCCACGAUGGAUUGGAGUUCUGUCUGGGGUGUUUCAAAUUUCUAGUGCGCCCAGUGAUUCCGCGGAAAGCUGGACCCACCACAACCCUGACCCGGAUAAACUAGUAGUCAAACUUGACAUUGAGAUUAAGAUGAGAAAGUAUUCCUGCACGUGCAGGGCGACAAAUCACGUUUAACACUCGUAUCAAUGUGAAAAAGAUUGAACAUGAUUUUUACACCUUUUCAAAUGGACAGUGAAACGUCCAAGCUGUUAGACACUCGCUUCAGAAAACAGUCAAAUAAUCGUGCAAACUGAUGCGGCCACUACGUUGCGUUUAGACAAUCAGAUUCAAACCUCCAGGCAGGAAAGACUCGAUUUAGCCGAACCAAACCCAAACCAACCUUCCAGACAGGUCAGAAAAAUAAAUACGUGCACACGCACCAUCAGUUCAGGUGUAUCUUACAUACGUGAUAUAGUCAUGAGCCUGAGAGGUUCUCCAAUGUAAAUAAAUAGCAUAAGCUAAUGAAAUCCCACAAUUUUCUAAUUCCAUAAGUGGGAUUGAUCUGGUCAGAACUAAAUAUCGGCAUCUCAGGUGACCCCACGUGUGGUUCCAGCAAUACGAAGGGCCCACUGCCUUAAGCUCAAGUGGUGAUCAGUUUGAUAUUAUUUACACUGUACUGAAGCAGGAGGAAUUGUUCUGAUCCUUAAACUGAUGCGACAAGUGUAACAUCAUACGCCAGCGAUUCAGGUCUAUAUAACAUUAAGAUAAUGUACUAUAAAACACAAACACCAUCACCUGCUGCUUUCUAUUCAUUACGCAGUGCUUAUGAUCGUGCUAUAAGGGCCUAAUGUAGCUACCCGCUUUAAAUAGAGAUUUAAGUGUUAGUACUUUAUACACAUAUACAUAUAAAAUCCAUCUCAAGAACUGAUGGGACUAAAAUGAGAACAGUUCUGAACUGUUCUGAAAUGCAGAUCUGUUUCACUUAACCAGUCCUAAACCCCGAUGGAUCAGCGGAGGGUUUAUUUCCACUUUUGGAUACAAGCUCGUUUCCUCUUUCCACGGUUAAGCUAAAGUACUUCUGGAGGAACAAUUUAGGUGUCUGAAGUCCUCUGCUUUUGCACUGUAGGGUGGCAGGGAAAGAGAAAUGUAUGAGGAAAGGAAAGAACACAUGAAUAAGUAAAUGAGAAAACGUCUUAUGUCCUGAUCAGGAGAAUUUCAGUGAGAAAAUGAGUGAAUUAGUGAACGAGGGUAAAAGUGAAGGAACAAAUGUGGAUUUGUACUGUAGCUGUGAGGCUAAUGUGGCUAAUAAGUGAUGGAAGUGGGCGUCGUUGGCAUUUUUUAAGGACUUUAUUUAUUGGUGGGGUUGCGACUGCUGAAUAUUUUAUCAUUUUUUUUAAUCUUAGACCAUUUGAAUGUUUUUUACAGAUUAGAAAAGCAAAGAAUGUCAUGCGUUAUAUUUUACAACCUCACUCGAGUAUAAACCGGCAUGAAAAGCAGUAUUAUUAUUUUAUUUAGAAAGAAAAACUCUUUAAGCCAUCCUUAUUAUUUUUAUUUGAUUAAUUUGAUCACUCACUUUUAUCCGCUUAUCUAAUAAUCGGGAUGGGGGGGGUGCUGGAGCCUAUCCCAGCUUUUCAAUGGGCACAAGGCACACAGUAACACCCUGGACAGGGCACCAGUUCAUCUUAGGGCAGACACACAUACACACACACACACACACACAUGCAUGGUUUUGGACUGUGGGAGGAAACCGGAGCUCCCGGAGGAAACCCACACAGACACGGGGAGAACAUGCAAACUACGCACAGAAGGGACCCGGACCGCCCCGCCUAGGGAUCGAACCCAGGACCUUCUUGCUGUGAGGCGACAGUGCUACCCACCGAGCCACCGUGCCCUUGCAUUUGAUUACUGUAAACAUUAAUUACAAUGACAAGGGUUGGUGUCAUCAGUUCCCAAACCAUUACAGGAAAGCUGAUGGUACACAGUGGUAAACAUGCCCCUGUUACAUCUUUUAUGGAAAGUGUUGCAACCUACAAAUUUUAUAUAUUAAGUAAAAAUAAAAAUUCUACAUUCCCUUGUCUGAUUUAUCCUGGUCAGGGUCGCAGUGGGUCUGUUUAAUUGGAGGAAACACCCCAGUUUGACAGUCCAUCACAGGGCAAACACACACACACAGGGCAAAUUUAAGUAGCUCCAAUCGUCCUGACUGCAUGUCUUUGGACUUGUGGGAGGAAACCGGAGCACCCGGAGGAAACCCACGCAGACCUGGAGGCCCUUCUUGCUGUGAGGAGACAGCUCUACCCAUUGUGCCACUAUGCCACCCUUAUCAAAGAGAGAAUUCAAACAUCAUGAGUAAAUUAAAUAGAUAUAGAUUGAUAGAUUCUCUAUUAAUCCAGUGAUUAAAUUACUGGUUGUACUUGAUAUAUUUCUGCACUGGGCGCUCGGGUAGUGCGGCAGUAAAUGAUGAGGGUUCGAAUCCACAGCAGUGCUAUCGGCCCGUCGGGCGGCUACAUACAGACAUUAUUGGCCAUUUCUGAGGUGGGAGGGCUGGGCGGGUUCUACAGCACUUGGGUGGCACAGUGGUAAAUGAUGUUAGUUCUUUAAUGCUGGGAUUCAGGGUUCAGGUCCCCAGCUGUGUUGUGGGCAGGUCGGGCGUCUAUGUACAGACACGUUUGGCUAUGUCUAAGGGGGGUCGGCCGAUACCCUGCGAUGGGGUGUGUUAAUGCAUUGUUGCCAGUGAUUGCAGGUAAGCCCUGACUACAGUGACCCAGACCAGUAUAUUAAAGGAACUAAGGGUGGAAUUGUUGAUCCUGUAAAUAUACAGUAAACUACAGGAGCUAAUCGUGUCUGCCAUGUUUUUAUUUGUGAUGUUAUGAAGGGCAUUUGGGCAGCAGGACUAGAAUGUGACUAGCAGGCUGAAUGUAAACACUCGGAUGCUCUUUGCUUGGUAUAUCGAUCCACAUGUUUGAUCAGAUUAAAUGUUCACCUUAUUGAAGCAUAGGAACAAUUCAACAUUGACCUUGCACAAACGUAUUAUAAACAUUUAAAAUAUUUAUUUAAGCGCUGCUUGUUUUACUUACAUUUAAUUACAUUUAUUACUUUAAAUAAGACUUUGUGUAUUUUAGAUGCAGCUGCUUCUUUGUCUCAUAACCGAUUUGCUUUGAUCCGAAUCUGGCUGGAUCGUUUACAUUCCUCCAACCAGCCAGAGCCCUUCAUUUAACCACAGUAUUUACUGCUCACAAAUGAAAGCAUGGCAGACUAGUAUGCUAAAUUACCAGCAGCUUAUGCUUUAAUGGUUACUGUGGGAAAACAUAGUUGUCAUAGUUCGUCUGCAGCUCUUGGAAUUUAAACAGAAUUGGGAUUCUUAUAAAUGGGAUUUAGAUAUGAUUAAGUCAUUUCAAUCAAGUGUGUAUCAUUAUUUUAGACAUGUAGUAUUUAUUUAGCAAACAUUGGGUAAGAUGGACUUCCAUUGCUUGCUAGCGAAAUUAGCCUUGCUCGUAGCAAAAUCUGUACAUCUGGGACGAGGAAUUUAUUGUCGCUUGUUCCGUUAUCGUUGUCGAACACCCGAGUGUGAGCAUGUAGCAUUUUAAUGAGACGUGUAGAAUUGUAAUGACUUGCUGUGCUGCCUGUAUGACUGUCCAGUUCUAAUCUGAUCUGCUCUGAUCUGCUCUGAUCUGAUGUCUCGACGCUUCUGCUCGUGCUGUAGGAACAUAAUCAGACUCUUCCACUCUUAUCGAUGAGUUGAUCAAGUAAGCACUUUAACGUAGGGGGUUUGAUAAUGUUUAAUAAUGAUUUGUUCUUUUUCUGGUCUGUAUUCAUGCAAAUCUGAAGGACUUUUGUGUAUCUAGUGCCCGGUGGGGAUCUACAGUAGUGCCAAUAGCAAUGCUACUGCUAACGCUAAAGUGUGUAUCGUAGACUGACAUAAGCUUUGCAAAUUAUACUGCAUUCUACGGUUGAAACGGAUAGGAAUAAUAUCAAUUGUUUUAUUUGCACAUCAUGUACAUAUUUAAGUAUAGAGGUUUAUAUUCAUAUAAUUUUAUUUUUUAAUAUUUGUCUAAACGUCGAUGGUUUUUCCUGUACUUUAUAGAAUGAAUUCUCUUUUUGCACUUAGGAAUUUUUUUGACAGGUCGCAGGCAACCGUGAAUCGUUGCACCACUGUGAUCCACCGUUCUGGGCGUUUUGGGUCGUCAGAAUGUUCUAAAUCUAAGAAUGUCAUGCAAGAUAAUAAAGCAAACAAGACGGGAUCUUAUGUUACCAGUGAGCAAUUAAUCCGCUGCUGUCCUGAGAAAAUCUGAUUGAUCUGCAAGUAGCCACUGCUUUGACUUUAUAAUUAUUUACUGUAUAAUUGCUAACGCCGCGCAUGUGCCUGAAAUCAAGGGGUUUGAAUCCUGGCCUGGGCUCACAAAUACAGAAGGCGCAUAGCUGUAUGUGAACCUAGCCAUUAAGGGACUCAUAUAUGUGCACCCCUAGUGCCAGUCUCAAGCCCAGAUAAAUAAAAAAGGUUUCAUAAGGAAGAGCAUUCAGCAUAAAAACUGUACUAAAUCAAAUGUGCCGACAAAUUGGAUGGGAGCAGCUAAGAAAAUUAAUAUUUUAAACAUACGAAAUCAUAGCUUUUAAACUGAGAACUUACACCGAUCAGCCAUAACCAUAAUCAUUAAAACCACCUCCUUGUUUCUACACUCACUGUCCAUUUUAUCAGCUCCACUUACCAUAUAGAAGCACUUUGACUGUAGUCCGUCUGUUUCUCUGCAUACCUUUUUAGCCUGCUUUCACCCUGUUCUUCAAUGGUUAGGAGCCCCACAGGACCACCACAGAGCAGGUAUUAUUUAGGUGGUGGAUCAUUCUCAGCACUGCAGUGACACUGACAUGGUGGUGGUGUGUUAGUGUGUGUUGUGCUGGUAUGAGUGGAUCAGACACAGCAGCGCUGCUGGAGGUUUUAAAUACCGUGUCCACUCACUGUCCACUCUGUUAGAUGUGAAGUCAGAGACGGUCGCUCAUCUAUUGCUGCUGUUUGAGUCGGUCGUCUUCUAGACCUUCAUCAGUGGUCACAGCACGCUGCCCACCAAGGAGGUGGUUUUAAUGUUAUGGUUGAUCGGUGUAUGUCCAUUAAGUUUGAAUACUUGCCCCCAUUAUUAUUAGGGGAAAAUACAAAUGUGCCGUCACCCCUCACAAACAGAUCAGUUUUCUCCUGACAGCAGAGAUUUUAUCAGAAUUAACUCUUAACCUUUAAACUUAUGUUUGAUCGUUUAUUUACAUUUGGAAACUAGCAGAAAAUAGUUUGAAUAUUUUGAAUGGCAACACUGGACUAAAAUACUAGAUUGUAUAAAAAAUAAAAACCUAAAAACACUAGAA